UUACCUUCGAAUGUACGGAAUCUUACUCAUACUUGCUCGGUUUUAUUUUUCUAGUUCUUGAUCAGGUUUAGUUAUACAUCCGUGUUGUCUGUGCUAAAUUUAUAAAUGUCAUAUCAUAAAUGUCAAUGAAUGUCAAUUUCGAAACUUAAUACCUACGACUGAAUGUUGAAUAUUUUUUUUGCUGCUGUUUAUUUCAAUUGUAAAAGUAAUAAACAUUUUGAUGUGUUAUCUUGCAAACCAGAUCUUGUGGACCACUUGAGUAAUUGUCCCAUGAACAUUAUUGGUCCUUGUACCUACAGUUAGUGUUUCUAACAACUGCAUGUCAUAAUGACUUGUGAAGACGACGAUAGUACCUGGUUGAUUGAAUUGGAAUCUGGUCUCCUAGAUGGAUGCACUCCAUCAGAAAUAAAUGCCAUUACUAAGGGAAAAAGAAUACCUGAAAGCUUAAGGCCAGACGUCUGGUUAGUUUGCCUCAACUGUCAGGAUACUGGUAAUCAAUUGCUUCUAUUUGAUGAAAUAUUUGAUUUAGCAAAUCAGAAUGAAUUAAGAGAUGAUGUUAAAAAGUUUGCAAGGAGACUUGAUAAUGAUGAUGAUGAAAAACUAGCAGUUAUUUCUGACAUAGAAUCUAUUAUUACAUUUCAUUGUAAAUCAAAAUCUAUCACUUACGCUUCUAACAAUGGCUGGAUUGAAAUACUGUUUCCAUUGCUAAGCUUGAAACUGAACAAGGCUGAUACAUAUAAUCUAUUUGAAAAGAUUAUAAAGCUCUAUGUACCUAAUGGAUGUGUAUCUAAUGGAGUACCCUUCCACAUAUUACGAUUGAUAAUUCAGUACCAUGACCCAGAGCUUUGUUCAUUUUUAGACACAAAAAGAAUAACACCUGAACAGUAUUGCAUGCCUUGGCUUAGGUCACUUUUUUCUGGGACAUGUAAUUUGGAGGUGGUGCUUUUUAUGUGGGACUUGUAUUUUCAGAGAUCAGAUCCAUUUUUUAUAUUUUUCCUUUGUCUUAUUAUGAUUAUUAAUGCAAGAGAGCAACUUUUACAAAUGAAAAAUGAAGAUAAAACUUCAAUUAUUCAAACACUCUGUAAAAUGCCAGGAGACCUUGAUGCUAAUGAUGUGUCUGAUUUUUGCUCCUUGGCACACUAUUACUCGUUGAAAACACCUGUAUCUUUUCGUGAAGAUGUGUUAGAAGUAUUGUUUUCUGAGAGUGGGCUGGAAAUAAACUCGAAAUUGUAUUCCCAAGCACUAUGUCUUCCUGUAGCUGUACAUGAAUUGAUUGAGAGUGCAACUGUAGAUGUAGCAGAUGUGGAUGCUGUUAAAUACUUUUUGGUUGAUUGUCGUCCAGCUGAACAGUAUAAUUCUGGGCAUUUGUCUACUGCAUUCCAUCUAGACUGUAAUUUGAUGUUACAAGAGCCUAAUGCUUUUAAUACAGCUGUUCAAGGAUUGUUAAAUGCUCAACGUCAAGCUUUAGCUGCAGGAUCUCUAGCCGCAGGUGAACAUUUAUGUUUUGUUAGUUCUGGAAGAUCAGAAGAAGAUAGUUAUGCACACAUGGUAGUUGCUUCUUUCUUAAAAAGGAAUACCAAACACGUAUCAAUGCUGGAUGGUGGCUUUGUAGCAAUACAUGAUUACUUCGGACCACAUAUGACUGACUGUUUGGAAGAACAUAAUACAUCAAUGUGUUUGGUUUGUGCACCUAAUAAUAAUAACAUGGGAGUAACACCACCAGUUAACAAACCUAGAGACAACAUACCAGCAAUACAAUUGUUUAGUAAAUUGUCUUCAGCUAUGAAGGCUAAGAGCCAGGAAGUUAAGGGGAAAUUAAUAGAAUAUAUUGUCAAUCCAAAUUCAACAACCAACAAUAGUGACUGGCAUGUUUCAGCUAAUGACAGAAAAGAAAGUAGAUACAGGAAUGUACCCCCUGUAUUUAGUAUUAAUGAUGAAGAUGAGGAUUCACAUUCAGAUUUUCAACGUGAUGUUUCAAGCGCAGAUUUACUUGAUGAAAUUGUUGAAGUUCAAGCUUUUCUUAAAGGGCAAAGUGUUGUGGAUAAUUUUCUGUGCCAGGAAGUUUUAUCUAAUGGUUAUAUGUUUGAUUCUUAUUUAGUGGUUACCGAAACUCAUUUAUUAAUUUUACGUGAAAUACCAAAUAAAAAAGGGCUUGCUAAAAUUUUAUCAAGGAGGCCCCUAUCGACGAUAGUAAAAAUAACAGCCAAGAAGAGACAUCCAGAGCUAAUAACAUUUAAAUAUGGCAUACCAGAUGGCGACAAUUUGUUAAUAAAAGAUAUGGAUCGCUUCCUGAUACCUAAUGCUGCUGUAGCCACAAAAGUUGUCUCUAAUCAAAUUGUUUCUCAACUUGAUAAUAAAUUACAAUAAAAUAUUGUUUUCUUGUAUUAUCAGAAACUAGUAAGCCUAGUCAUGACUCACAACUGGAAAAUGUAGUUUUCGGCUGCUAUCUUUCACAUUAAAUAGUACCUACUUAAUUAUCUUUGCGAUAGCAUAAGGUUUGUUGUAGAGGAUACAACAUUUUUAAUUAGAUAAAGCCAAAAUAUCCAUUCAGAUGUUAUUAUUGCAAUUUAUUUUGAUUACUGUAAUAUUUAUGUUUUAGGGUCAUAACUAAUUCCUACCAUUCUAAGCUCUUAGAGUAUUUUUUUUUUGAAUUCUAGAUGCGAUACAUUCGUAAAUUUUUGAAUUUAUUUUCCUUAAAAAGGUUAAACAGAUCGCAAGUUUUUACAAAAAUUCGUAAAAGCGAUGCGACCAAAAAAUUAAACUGGUAAAAGUACAAAACAAAAAAGUAAAGUUUUACAAUUGAUUGGAUUUUUUUUUAUUGUGAAUACGAGAUAAAAUGCAGUCCAUUGCCUAUCUGUAGUUGUAGUUAAAUGAAAGUGUAAUUUGUACCGUUUCAUUCUCACAAAUUUGUCUCUCGCAAUACUAUAAAAAACAAACGUUUUUCGAUAUUAGAUUUAAAACUUCUACGAGUAGGUAUUCUUGUAAAUGAGGGCCGCCACCAAGCUCAGAAAAGAUAAACGCUGUUUACUGUAAUAUCUAAGCAUUGUAAUUUAUAACUAGAUGGCGCUCUUUCGAUUACUUUUAUUUCAUAUAAAUCGUAGUUAACUUCAACGGGAUUGUAAAAGUAAACUUAGCUUGAAAAUCACACUACAGGGAUCUGAGCAUAGUUCACGGUCAUAAAAUUUUGCAUACCUACGAUUCAGUGGCGAUUUUCUAUCAAGAAUAUAUUUUCUGGUAUGAAAUGCAAAUGGUACAAAGGCCAGGGUAAUUUAUUUAUAUUUAUUGAAAAAAAACUUUCUUGUUUUUGUUGUUUAUUUUUAUAAUCAAAUUAUGUUACUAUUGCACAAUAUUAUACUUGUAGUAAUUAUCUGUACCUACAGAUAAAAUAAUUUUUGACAGGUUUUGUGAGAGUUUAUAUUUUCUUUUUUCCUACUUAAUUUAGAUUUAUAAGAUAUUUUCUGUUUGAUUUGUCUAUAAGUUCGGCGCAAAUUUAUAAGUUAUUAUAAUACUUGUGGAAUAUUUUGUAAUACACAUAUACUUAAGCGUCAGCGAAGAUUCAUUCGGCAUCAUCUUCCACUUCAUCAGUUCAACCGAUGGAUGUCCACUGCUGAACAUAGGAUCUACACACUGUACGGACAUGUGCCUCUGCGUCCUUUCGCAGACCUCGAGACCCCAUGGACAAUGGCGCGCUUCGGUCUAUUGAACUAUAGGUUCUCUAGUAAUAUUCCCAAAGUACAUUUAAAAUCUUAAGUUCCUUAAAUUUUCAUUUCAAAUUUAUAAAAACACCUAUUAACAUCGUUAUGAAGCUCUUGUACAUAAUUAUGUUCCUGCUUCUAGUGUUUUUUUUUAGACUCACUGACAUAGUUGUACUAUAGAUAUUUGUAGUUGUUAUUUGCCUAAGUGUAAUAUUAGAUCUCUAAUAAAUAAAUUAUUUACAUUUCUCAUUCCAAUAAAGUAUUGUCUAUU